GGCAAUGAUAGUCCCGCUAUAUGACACAAACCUGUUGUUUAAGCGAGACCAGUAUCGCCUCGACUACCGACAGAAAAGUCAUGAAGCUGCAAGACUGUAUCAGAUUCCUCAUUUGUAUGUUGGUGGUGAAUUUUGGAAAAACUGACUGCAACAAACGCAUCAUUGAUGUUGCUGACGAUGAUCAGUUUGAAAUAAGACAUAAACGCGGCGUUUUAGAUCUUCUUUUUGGAAGGUUUCGAACCUGUGGUGCGUGUUUAUGCGGUCGAUCAAAUCGUAAUGCAGCGCGAUUAUUGGGUGGUGAACCUACAGACUCGCAUGAAUUUCCGUGGCUCGCAAAUAUUCACGUAAACUCCAAAUUGCUAUUUAGCGGAGCAUUGAUAAACGAUCGUUAUGUCUUAACAGCAGCUAGUCAACUUGUUGGAGCCACAGCACAUGAAAUAAAGAUAUCCUUGGGAGAAUACGAUCGAUGUACCUUAGACAUCUCGUCAGUAAACAACAGCGUCGAAUCUAUAAUCUUGCAUCCAGAAUUCAAUCCAGAGUCAAGUACUCACGAUCUAGCUUUAAUUCGUUUGAGUCGACCAACUAAAUUCGAGAAGAGAAUAUCGCCGGUAUGCUUGCCCAAUCCAGGAUCAACUUAUCUCGGUCAAGUUGGGACUUUAGUAGGCUGGACCAAACACAAAGACAAUAUUGGUAAUCAGACGUGUAGGCCUCGAAAAUUAGGACUUCCUAUUCUAGGAUAUAAAGAGUGUGCUAAAUCAGGAAUAAAUCCAACAACCUUAAAUGAUGAUUACGGAUGCAUUGGAGUUGUGGGUACAAAUUCUUUAGUGUGCGGAAAUGACGUUGGAUCUUCUGUGCAAUAUCGAUCAUACGGCGGAAUUUACGACCUCAUUGGAAUUAUUCCGAGCGUGAAUGAAUGUAACGAUACUCCUAGACCAACUGUUUUUACGAGAGUAGGACCGCGUCUCGAUUGGAUAUUACAACAUACUAAGGAUGCAUGCUACUGUACGAAAUAAAAUACAGGCCAACUUUGAGUCAUUCUAUGAAAAACUUAUUGCACAUAUACAUAUAAUACUGAUAAGUACAUUUAUUGUCAUUAUUUCUACUAUUAUAAUAUACAUGUUAUAUUUUAGAAAGCACAUAAAAUAAUUUUGAAUGUCAAUAUAAACAGAAUAAAGACCAUUUGCUUAACA